AUGAUACUCUCAGUUGACGUCAUAGUGGUGUGCGGCUCGCAUCUGCUUCCCAGACUGCCGAAGGGUCUCCCUCCCGAGACUGAGGUGCUCGUCACAAGGGUUGAUCAACUCCAGAUGGAUGCCCUUACUGGAAUAGGGUUGCUACUGCUUUUUGACAAACCCUGUAUCAAUCGCACACAGGCCCUCCGCUGCUGGUUGACGAGAUCCUUGAAAGCGGCGAAGGAGGCCCUUGAGCCUGCCGCCCCCUUGGCUGACUCAGUGCUGCCCCCGAGGCACUUUGGCCGGCCCCACGCGCUAUACAGAGUGGUCAACGAGUGUGGCACUCGCAGCUGUCACGCCCAACACAGGCAGCUCAAGGAGAUUUACAGCUUUGACACGGCUUUCAGAACUGGCGGAGACGGAUUGAAUGCUGGUAAAGCUACAUCUUUAGCUGGACGCGAAUUCAAAAUAGGAGCACUGUAUGUGUCAAUCUAUGCCCUUGUUGCUGCGUCUGGUAUAGGAUUUUUCGCUGUAUGUUUUGUGACGAAAGCGCUGACCAACGCCAAUCAGAGACAACCCGCGGAUGACUGCAGGGUACGAUGUAAUCUAAAUGGCGAUCUUGUGUUCCUGAAGCCGUUGCCAGUACAUGCUGAGUCAUUCGAGCUGAAGAAAAAAGCCAAAAAACUACUAACAAGUUUAUGCGGUCUCCGGCACGAAAACCUUAACCUGCUGCAUGGCUGCUACGUGGGAUCUGGGGAGGUGGCUCUAGUCUCGGACUUCUGUCAGAGGGGAUCCCUGGAGGAUGUACUGGUCAAAGACGUCAUCAAACUGGACUGGAGUUUCCGGCUUUCGCUACUAACUGAUCUAGUUCGGGGUCUGAGAUACCUGCACUCAGUGCCCGGAAGGUGUCACGGACGUCUGACGUCACGCAACUGCGUCAUAGACGGACGAUGGGUGCUCAAAAUCACUGACUACGGUCUCGGGUCAUUCUUCGCCAAGCAGAAUGUUCCCAUACCACCGGCCACUGCUAGAGAUCUGCUAUGGACAGCCCCAGAGCUACUUCGUAAUGAUGAGCUGCGCAUGCGUGGUGGAAGUCAAGCAGGCGACGUGUAUAGUCUGGCAAUAAUUAUGCAAGAAGUGGUGGUGAGAGGGGAGCCUUUCUGUAUGCUCUCUCUCACUCCUCAAGAAAUAAUAGAGAAAGUGAAACACCCGCCACCCCUGAUUAGGCCGUCUGUAUCCAAGGGCGCCGCCCCUCCAGAAGCCAUCAACAUAAUGCGCCAAUGCUGGGCCGAGGCACCUGAAAGCAGACCACAUCUUGAUUCCGUCUACGACCUGUUCAAAACACUCAACGAUGGCAGAAAAUCGAAUUUCGUGGACACCAUGUUUGAACUGCUGGAGAAAUAUUCGGAUAAUCUGGAGGAGAUAAUACUGGAGAGAACUGAGCAACUCUAUGUGGAGAAAAGGAAGACUGACCAGUUGCUGAACAGGAUGCUUCCCAGUUCAGUAGCGGACAAACUGAAGGUUGGCGAGAAGGUGGACCCGGAGGAAUUCGAGGAGGUGACCAUCUACUUCUCCGACAUCGUGGGCUUCACUGCAUUGUCAGCGAUUUCCACUCCCUUCCAAGUGGUCGCUCUAUUGAACGAGCUCUAUACACGCUUUGAUGCCACCAUUAAUGCAUACAAUGUCUACAAGGUAGAGACAAUAGGAGACGCGUAUAUGGUGGUGGGAGGCUUGCCUGUGCGGGUGGCCGACCAUGCUGAGCAGAUAGCCACCAUGGCACUGGACCUUCUGCAUGAGAGUGGACAAUUCCGCAUCAGACAUCUCCCCGACACCCCUCUCCAGAUCAGGAUUGGCCUGCAUACUGGACCCUGCUGCGCCGGCGUAGUAGGUCUCACGAUGCCACGCUACUGUCUGUUCGGAGACACGGUCAACACAGCGUCACGCAUGGAGUCGUCCAGCGCACCCUGGCGAAUACAUCUGUCGGAGGCCACAUUCAGGAGACUCAAAAUGGCCGACGGCUUCCAGUUGGAGUACAGAGGGCUGACCGAGAUCAAGGGCAAGGGGCGAAUGCCGACUUAUUGGUUGCUGGGGAAGGAAGGGUUUUGUAAACCCUUGCCAAGGCUGGACGAAACCACCCCUCUGACUCAAACAACCCUCUCCCUCUCAGCCAGACCUCCCCGUCUCAGCCACCAGCUCUCUCUGGACCCCCGCCUGCUAGACACCAGCGGAGGGGCAGGGGGCACCUCCCCCCACCACGAGCACCCAUCCCGCCGGAAGUGGGGAGGCAUCCAGCGACAGAUGACCUUUGAAGCCGGGGAACACGGGGGAGGAGCAUUCCCAGAAUCCCACAGCUUCGUGUUCCCAGAUCCCCGCAACAAGAGCUCAUCAUCUGACCUUGAAUCCACAGGAAUCUCCUUCAUCGGAGGUGACCCUAAAGCUGCUUCCGCCUCAAACUUAUCCCAUCGCAAGGCAGUACUCCGUAGAACCGGUCAUGAAGACCUCAGUAGACCUUACAACCUCUACAGAUGCCUUUCCCCAGCCACUGGUAGCAUUUCCGGACGAACCGGAAGUACUUCCGGUCUAACCGGAAGUGGGAUCACUCAGACCGGAAGUAACACCCCAAAAACCGGAAGUAUUACUAGCAAACCAUCCCUGAGACGGCAGUUCAGCGUUGAUUUGGCUCCCGUUCAGCAGAGGGUGUGUAAGCAGAAUUCAGCAUGUGCUGAUCUGGAGAGUAUCAACGAAUUGCCUCCGAAAUCAGCUGAUGAUGUGAGGUCUAGUUCGGCGUAUUCGGUUUCAUUUGAAUCGCUCAACUGAUCCCGGCUUUUGGUGUGGAGUCAGCGGGCCAGUUGGCUUAGGAGUAGGGAAGGGUCAAGGUCAGCAAGUACUGAUUGAAAUGCUCUAGAUUCACUCAAUAUUAGAAUGCUGAUAAUAGUUUACAAAUAUACCAAUAUUGCAUUUCAGAAGAGACACACCUCAGUUUUGUAACAACAAUAUAG